AUGACUGGUGUCGCUCUGCUUGGUGCUGGCAUCUUUGCCAAAAUAGAACACCUUCCUGCUGUCGAAGCUGCCAAGGACCUCAACCUGCUUGCUGUCUACUCCCGCUCUCAGGCCUCUGCGGAGGGACUCGCUGCCCUGGCCAAACAGGAAACCAAACCACAGGUUUACUACGACAGCCCCGCCUCUGAAAACAGCCUUGACGCGCUCCUUGCCCGCGCCGAUAUCGCCGCCGUCAUCAUCAGCCUGCCCAUCCUCGCCCAGCCCGAUGUCGUCCGCAAGGCCCUCGCGGCCGGGAAACAUGUGCUGAGCGAGAAGCCUGUCGCGCCCGAUGUUUCCGCCGCCCGCGACCUCGUCGCCUACUACGACAGCCUGCCCGCCGCCACGCGACCCAUCUGGUCCGUUGCCGAGAACUUCCGCUACCUGCGCGUCGUGCGUGAUGCCGCCGCCAAGAUCAAGGACAUUGGCGGCCGCCUGGUCGGCUUCCACCUCGUGCGGAACGGUUUCGUCUUGGAGGACGACAAGUACUACAACACCGCCUGGCGCAAGGAACCCGGCUACCAGGGCGGCUUUUUGCUCGACGGUGGCGUGCACUUUGUCGCGGGCCUGCGCUUCCUUCUGGCGGCGGCCGGCGACGAGGUCGCCCGCGUCGCCAGCUUUUCGUCCCUCCUCGAGAAGCGGCUGCCGCCCGUCGACAGCAUCCACGCGGUCGCGUCCACGCGCGGCGGCGUCAACGGCACCAUCUCCAUGUCCUUUGGCACCGAGUUCAAAAAUGUCUUGGAGAUUGAGGUCGUCACCACCGAGGGCCGCGUGACCUGGACAUGGGCGCCGUCCUCGAUUGUGUCCGUCCGCCGCGGGCAGACAGACCCCAAAACCGACACCUACGAGCCCGACUUUGGCGUCGUCUCCGAAGUGGCCGCGUUCGCGGCGAGCGUCGCGGCUGGCCAGGCCGAUCCGCAGCAGAGCCCGCAGGAGGCGCUCAAGGACUUGGCCUUGCUGCAGGCCCUGCUCGAAUCGGGGCCCACGGGGGCCAUCACCAAUGUGGCGUGA